UAUAUUGGAAUAACCACAUCAGUGAACAUUGAAAUGGCUUAUAUUCUGUUGGAUAAAGACGGGGGUAUUCCCGGCCACAGUAAGGAUGCAAUGACUCCAAGAAAUACUCCUAGGGAUGCAAAUAUAAAGCAUCAUGAUCCAGAGUUCUUUACAAAACUUGAUGAGCAAAAUAUAAGGAGAAUAGACGACCGGGAAAGUCGACGUAAAGAGGAUGCAAAAUGGAUGAUUUAUGAUAAAAGAGGUGAUGAUAAAGCAGUGUCUGUUAGUAAACAAAAUAAUACUGGAUAUACACAGCAAGAAAUGGCACAAAAUUCUCCUCGAGAUCAGGAAUUUUAUACAAAACUUGAUGAGGAAAGUGUAACUAGGAUUCGUGAAAGGGAAAAUAAGCGUCAAGAGGCUGCUAAAUGGAUGGUUUAUGAUAAAGUUGCCUAUGAUAAAGCCGUUCCUGUGAUUGGUAAAAGUCCUAGGCGAGGACAAGAUUAUGUACCACAUCCUAUUGAGAAGCCCUUUGUCAGACAGGCUGAGAUAUAUAAAAGACCAGAAGGCAAUAUGGACGACAUGACAUCUUAUAAGAAGGAAUAUACAGAAAAACACCCAGAACGAGUUCAUGCUAUAAAACAUGAUGGCCAGAGACUACCAGGUGGUAGAUUUGAAGGGGAACCAACAUAUAGAGCUGACUACAAAAAAUGGGAUGCCAGCCGACAACAACCUUAUGGUUUGAGAGAUUCAUAUCAGGCUCCAACACAAAGAUUUGAAGGUGAGAGUACCAUGCAUCAUGAUUUCCGUAAAUAUAAUCAGGCCAGACGUGAACCAUUAAGACCAAUGGAAGCUACGAUCGGAUCAGACCAACCAUUUGCCGACAUGACAGACUAUCGUGCUGAAUACAAAAAACAUCCUCUCCCUGCCAAACACCUACAUGAACGAGAGGGAUACAAACCAUCAUCAGCACCUCUGGACGACCUUACAACCUUUAGACGAGACUACAAAGGUCAACAUGGACAACCAACAAGAAGCUUUAAACCUGAUAAUGCUGCUUUCUCAUCUGGCCAACCAUUGGAAGAUACAACAACAAAUCGUAAAGAUUACAUUAAGUGGCCAAUGGAUAGACCAUAUGUACAUCAACAUGACGCAUACCAAAAACCCGAAGGUGAAAUGUACACACAAACAACUCAUAACGCUACAUACAAACAACUACCAUUAACGAAAAAUCUUGCAAUGAGACCAACAUCUGCUGGCAAAGCAAGAAAUGCUCCAUUUGAUGGUACAACUAAUUAUGCUCAAGAUUAUAAGCAAUGGGCAUUACAGAGAAAUCAGCCUCACCAAAGAGACGAAUAUCAACCUAAUAAUGCUCCAUUUGAAGGCAUGCCCACAUACAAGGCUCACUAUGUUCCUCAUGGUGUUCAUCCUGCCCAGUCAUUCCGUCCCGAUAACCAAGCAUUCCAGAGCAAUGCUAGAUUUGAAGAUGGUACAAUGUACAGAACUGAUUAUACCAAAAAGCAAAUGCCACUUUGUCCAUGUCAUGAUCCACAUAUACCAGCUAACAGAGUUAUCGUGUGUGAAAGGCAUAAUGUACCUGUGAUGUCUACGAUACAGAAAUUACCCAUGUCUGCACGCACACCGAUGGCUGUAGCUUAACAUUCAAAUAUCUUUCUUAUGUCUGUGAUAUAGACUAUAUUUUUAUAAAGAAAUGCUGCUGAACAUUAUUACAUAACAUGAUACUAUGAUGAUAGGUGAAUCUAAAAGAAUUUUUGUGAUGGGAAGAUGUUUCCUGUAUCAGAGUACAUUCCAUAUUGUAUACUUUAGAUAUUUUUAUAGUUUCACUCAGGUUGUUUAUUUAUCACAGAAAAAAUCAUGAUUUGUUGUAUUUUCUUUUUAUAUCUUUUUAAAUUUUAAGAAAAUAAGAAUUUCAAAGCUUGGUUAAGUUUUCUACUAAUGUUAAAAUAAGUUACAACAAAAGUGGAGUUUUUGGCACUUAAGUGAAAAUAUGAAGAAGAUGUUGAGGGUUGUAUCUCCAAAUUAUAAUAUCAUUUAUAGAGUGAAAAUUGGCUUUAAGAUUUCUUGUGUAUAGAAGUGUCUUUUUUUUUAUAAUACUCGUUUUGCUAUUGUUUAUUUAUUCUUAUAGUGCCAUUGUUAACUUUGCAAUAUUCUGUAUUAUUGAGUCUAUGGACCGAUAAGAUGAAACUUACAUUUCUUAAACAUGAAAAUGUAAGUUUUGGUUGAAUCAGGUCUAUAUUUGGAUGAUGCUUUUCUGAGGUAAUGGUUAACUUGUGUUUGCACCAGUAGCAUAGCACUAUGGCACUAGUAAAUAAGGUGUAGUUCUUUUUAACUGAAUGAUUGACUAUGUGCUAUAUAUGUUGGUGCACUACGAUUGGAAGAAACAUUAGUCAACUUUUAUUUCCAUUAGAACUUCUUUCAAAGUGAGGAAAAUAAAUGAACUUUAAUAUAGGAUUUAUUAGUGGCAUUCCCGUUAUAAAGUAUAUUUAUUUAGGGGGAUAAAUAAAUCAUGUUUUUUUUUUUGAUUAAACAAAUAUUUAAAACAAAAAAUGUAAUAGAUACACCAACGAGAGGGGUUUAAACCAUGAUAUUACAGUUAGUGCAAAAUGAUAGCUUACAAUGAAUAGAAGGGUGGUCUUCCGUCAAUUUAACCUUUAUUUCAAGUUAAGCAUGAUAGAUGCAGGAUAUCCAAUGAUUAAAUUAAAUGGCAUCAUGGUACAAGUAGUUUGUAUCUGCCCCCUUUUCUUACUGUAUGAUACUUUUCAUAGUUAACCAAUUCAGAAUUGUUUAGCCUUGUGGAAAGUCACUGUCUGGACAUUCUUAUUGGUCCAACUAUCAAGUAUCAGGACACAAGACUAAACUAAGUAGUUUACAAAGACUAAAGCAAAAAAUUUGAUUUGGUCAAUCAUUUAUAAAAGGUCAUGACUUUAAUUGUAGAUUAUUUAUUUGGAAAAUAUUUGCUAAAUGGAUUUAGAGUCUUAGUUAGUGAUGUGCCAAAAUAUAUAUUAUGAUUUAUGAAAGCACAUUAAUUUCUGAUGUAGAUAAUUAUGUAAUACAUGUAGAUAAGCUUGCCAUGGGAAAACAGAUAUUUGCAAAAGAUUUCUAUUUUUAGAAAA